CUCAGAAGCAUUCAAUGGGAAAACAACCACAAAGUGCUUCAAAUAAAGUUAGAAAAUCGCAACCAUGAACAUCCUAAUGAAAAUUGUGGUACUUUUAACGAUAUUACAGUUUGGCAUUAGUUUGCCAUUGGCGGACGAAAAUGCCGAUAUCAAAUUGCCCUUAGAAGGUUCAAUAGAGCAAAAGCCCGAGGAAGAAUCAGCCAAAUUGAUUCCAGCCGAAGAGCAAAUCCCAAUCAAAUCAAAAAAUCCUAAGGCAAAUAAGAAGCACGUGUUACAACCUGCCCCCAGGAAGCAUAUACCAGUGCCAGAAGAUUCUCAGCAUGAAAUGGAACAAAAUUCCCCUAAUAAUGAAGGCCAAACAUUGAGACUUCCAGCACCAGAACCUUUUGAUUUUGUUCCACCUCAAGAAGGAUCAACCAAUUUGUUGCCCUCGGUGCCCGAUUUAGAACAAAUAAAACGUGACCAACUCUUUGCUUUGGCUAUGGCCCAAUUUGUCCAAUACACCAGGUCAUUGGCGAAACAAAGCGAAGAUAAACUUGGCGCGAUACUAAAGGAUUUGGAACAAGUGAAAGAUGACAAUAACUCCAAACUUAUUGAUGUAGAAACCAAGGCGAUUACCAAAUAUUUGAAGAAAGUAAAAAGAUAUCACAUGGACGUCUCAAGCAUGAUGGCAAAAACAAUAGCCAUUCCUUUGAAUUUCCAAAAGCUAGUUGAGGACUUGAAAUCGCAAGCGAAAGGUAACAUUGAUAUGGAGCAAAUCUUACAGCUAAAUAAUCUCGAUGAUUUUGGAAAAGAUUUUGCAAAUUAUUUCGAUGGUUUAAAGAGAAUUCACUUCGAAGCGAUUGAAAAAUUCAUUAAGAAAAGCAUUAAAGCCUAGAAUGGGGAAUACAUUUUCCGUACGUUUGCGGCUCACAAAAUAUGAAUCCUACAGUUGAACGUUAUAAGCACAAUGCUGAAAUAAAGUAUUCAAUGUUUCAACAAUAAA